AGAAGUAUCCAGAGACACAAGCAACGAAGACGAGGAACGGGAAUGACCACGACUAUGGGGAAAAUCAAGAUACUUUUCAACUGGCAGCUAGCCAAGACGCUAGCCAUGGGCCAAGGCCUGGCUCUGCUCAUCUGUGGGACGGCCAUCUCGUCCCAGUACCUGGCAUCAGACUACCACGUCAACACACCCAUGCUGCAGAGCCUGCUGAACUACGCCCUGCUGUGUAUCACCUACACCCCCAUGCUCUUCUUCAGGACAGGGGAGGGUAACAUGCUGCGUAUCCUGAAGCGCCGGGGCUGGAAGUACCUCCUGAUGGGCCUGGUGGAUGUGGAGGCCAACUACACUGUGGUGAAGGCCUACCAGUACACCACGCUCACCAGCAUCCAGCUCCUGGACUGCUUCAUCAUCCCCGUCCUGAUGGUGCUAUCCUGGUGGGUCUUGAAGACCCGGUACCGGCCGGUCCACUACGUGGCUGUGGUCGUCUGCCUGCUGGGGGUGGGCGCCAUGGUGGGGGCUGACCUGCUGGCCGGACGGGACCAGGGAUCCACCAGUAACAUCCUGCUGGGUGACGGCCUGGUGCUGGUGAGCGCCACGCUGUACGCCGUCUCCAACGUGUGCCAGGAGUACACGGUGAAGAACCUCAGCCGGGUAGAGUUCCUGGGAAUGCUGGGCCUCUUCGGGACCGUCUUCAGUACCAUACAGAUGGUCAUUUUGGAACGACAUGAAUUGCCAAAAAUCCAGUGGAGCUGGCAGAUAGGUCUGCUGUUUGGAGGCUACGGCACGUGUAUGUACGCGCUGUACAGCUGCAUGCCCGUGGUGGUGAAGCUGACCAGCGCCACCUCCGUCAAUCUCUCCCUGCUCACCGCCGAUCUCUUCAGCCUCUUCUGUGGCCUCUUCCUCUUCCACUACAGUUUCUCGCCUCUCUACCUCAUCGCGCUGGUGGUCAUUCUGUUCGGCUUCAUCACCUUCAACGCCGUGCCCCUUCCCACCAGCACCCCCUCCCCUCCCUCCCCUCCCUCCCCCAUCACCGAGGACGAUGGCUGCUACGACAACCACGCCAUUAACUUGAACGAGGACGUCAUUGACAAACAGGAUGUUGUUUCUACUAUUGUCGUCCCCACAGAGGAAGGACAGGGGGAAGGUGACCAGGACACCAGAUCCAAAAUGGACACCAGGACUUGUGUCCCAGACCGUGGAUAUGGGAGCUUUUCUCAUGUUUUGUGCAGCACUAAAAUGUGA